AACUUUGUACUACUUCUGGUGCCUAAAUCUUCCAUAUUCUGAUAAGAAGCCUCCUCUGUUCACCCAACAAUGGGCUCUUCAGAGCAUUCUGAAGAGGCUAAUUGGGUUCUCCAUACGCCCCGGCUGCCGGGACUAUGGCGUGAGUUUACAGAGGCCUCAGGUGAAGAAAUUAGUCCCAAAGAUACCCUUCCAGCUCCAGGUUCCACCAAACACUUCAAAAAAUCAAGCACUGCCUCAUCAGCUAUUGACGAGGAAAGGCUUGACAUCGAUCUUGACCUUGAGAAAAACAGCAGCCUAGUUGAGAGGACUCAGUGGGUGCUGAAUGGUCCUGAACCCCCUGGUCUAUGGCAUGAGCUCAUGGACUCUCUGAGGGAAACCAUUUCUUGUUGCCGAAAAAAGUACUCGUCUCUCAAGAAUCAGCCAACACUCAAAAGUGCAGUCUCUGUCCAGCAGGAGAUAUUUCCGAUUCUUGUAUGGGGUAGAAGCUACAACAUGUCAAAAUUCAAACAUGAUUUAAUGGCAGGUCUCACUAUAGCAAGUCUCUGCAUUCCUCAGAGUAUUGGAUAUGCAACUCUAGCAAAGCUUGACCCUCAGUACGGCCUUUACACAAGUGUUGUACCACCUCUUAUUUAUGCUGUAAUGGGGACUUCAAGAGAGAUAGCAAUUGGACCUGUGGCUGUUGUUUCUCUUCUUUUGCCCUCAAUGAUUCAGAAGUUACAGGACCCCGAGGCUGAUCCUAUUGCUUACACCAAGCUCGUACUCACUGCAACGUUCUUCACCGGUAUCUUUCAAGCUGCCUUCGGACUCUUCAGAUUGGGGUUUCUUGUGGAUUUUCUUUCUCAUGCUGCAAUCGUAGGGUUCGUGGCCGGGGCAGCCAUCAUAAUCGGUCUUCAACAACUAAAGGGACUACUUGGAAUCACUCACUUUCCAACCAAUACUGAUGUUAUCUCUGUUAUAGAAGCUGUUUGGACAUCUUUCCACCACCCUUGGAGUCCUCAUAAUUUUUUCCUAGGCUGCUCAUUCCUGUGUUUCAUCCUAAUGUCAAGAUUUCUGGGUAAAAAGAAGAAGAAACUUUUCUGGUUGCCAGCCGUUGCUCCUCUCCUAUCUGUUAUACUAUCGACUCUGAUUGUUUAUCUAACACGGGGAGAUAAACAUGGAAUUAAUAUUGUUAAACACGUCAAAGAUGGCUUGAACCCUAGUUCGGUGAAUCUGUUACAGUUCAACAGCCCCUAUGUUGGGGCUGUGGCUAAAGUUGGGCUAAUUGUCGCCCUUGUUGCACUCGCGGAAGCAAUUGCAGUUGGAAGAUCUUUCUCAACCAUGAAAGGAUACCACAUAGAUGGUAACAAAGAAAUGAUGGCAAUGGGAUUCAUGAACGUAGUGGGAUCCUGUACUUCCUGCUAUGUUGCAACCGGUUCAUUCUCGCGCACAGCCGUUAACUUCAGUGCUGGUUGUGAAACUCCUGUGUCAAACGUGGUCAUGGCCUUUACUGUGAUCAUAUCACUGCAGCUGUUGACAAAGCUCUUGUAUUACACACCAACAGCAAUCCUUGCUUCAAUUAUUCUCUCUGCUCUGUCCGGGCUUAUUAACCUGAGCGAAGUCUACAAAAUUUGGAAGGUUGAUAAGUUGGACUUCUUGGCUUGCAUUGGAGCCUUCUUUGGGGUCCUAUUUGCAUCCAUGGAGAUUGGCCUUCUAGUUGCGGUGAUCAUAUCAUUCACAAAGAUUAUUCUCAUCUCAAUUGGACCAGGCACAGAAACACUUGGAAAACUUCCUAGAACUGAUAUGUUUUGCGACACUGCUCAGUAUCCUAUGGCUGUUAAAAUUCCUGGAAUCAUGAUAAUACGUGUCAAGUCUGCCUUGUUUUGUUUUGCAAAUGCCAAUUUCGUCAGAGAAAGGAUUGUAAGGUGGAUAACUGCAAAGAAAGGGGAGGACACCAAAGAGGCAAUUCAACUCGUAAUUCUUGACAUGUCUAAUUUGAUUAACAUUGAUACAUCGGGAAUAGCUACUCUAGAGGAGCUGCAAAAGAAUUUGAUCUCCGAAGGAAUUGAGUUAGCCGUUGCAAACCCUAGGUGGCUAGUGAUUCACAAACUAAAGCUAUCCAACUUUGUGGAAAAAAUUGGAGGAAGGGUCUUCGUGACCGUCGGAGAAGCAGUGGAUGCAAGAUUCACUGAAAAAUUGCCACCACCUGCUAAUGCAAGCUGCUAGCUAGCUCUUCCAUAGAAGCGCUCGAUCGCAACAUUCUCAUUCAGGUCUCUUGUUUCCUGCUUCUCAUGUGUGCUAGCUAUGAUAUAUAGUCCCAUCGAUCCCACUUAUGUAUAUAGAUGUGUAGGGGGACGAUAUAAAUAAUGAGAUGAUGGUUUGAAUAUCUUCUCACCCUCUCUUCCUCCACAAAUAUCUAGCGCUAGCUAGCUUAUGUUGUUGUUGGUUUGUGAUAUACAAGAGAUGUGUAACAUAUAUAAUGCAGUUAUAAUCUAAUGUCUCGUACUUGUAA